GUACAUAUCGACGGCGCCCGACUGAUCGUUCGCCACCCAUUGAUUACUCGUGAUCAAUGUCUGCGAUCAACCAGAUCUCGCCAUCGGCGAGCCCGGCAAGCUCUGCAGAGAGCCUCCUAGCUCCUGGCGAGAUACCGCUGCUCAAUCCGCAUCCACAACAGCCAGCGCUAUCGCUCGAUUGUCCCGACGAGGCGCUCGAACUCGCUGUCGCGCCUGGCAACCCCGCCAGCCAACAAUCGCAGUCGACCGCAUCUGCAAGUGAUCUACCACAGCCAUCAGCAUCGCAAACUAGAGAGCGCACGUCUGCCUUGAGUCACGACAGCUUGCCAGUAUCGAGUGCAUUGCCCAUCGGCACCUUGCCAGCUCAAUCUGCCAUUGCUACUCACCAUCCAGUGCAUUUUCACACUGCCGCGCAAGCUCCAGGGCGUCCCUCUGCUCGCAGGCGAUCGUCAGAUCCGCUUCAGUCGCCGCCGGUUGCGAGCAGCUCGGCAGCUACUGUCGAAGCCUUCCAGAACGCCAGCAACGCUCGCGAUCUAGACCCAGACUUUCACUGGCUUUCCGAGGACGAAGGCAGUCGUACUCUGGGUCUUGAUCGCAGAAUCAGGCGACCUGCCCCACCGCGCUCGCCCACAUCUGGCGAUGGAGAUACAUCUUCAGACGACAAGACUCCGCAGGAGGGCUCCGAGAGCAAGACCUCCCGCCUGGGCCGUCAUGCGAUUCACCAUAGACCGUCUGGUAUCCAGUACAGGAGUCAGCUAGAAGCGGACGUGCAAGAGAGAUCUGCAUCCCCGCGAGCAAGCUCACGGAUUCUGCCGACCAAGCAGCUCGUACCCCUCUUGCUACGUCUCCUCACAUGCCCGGUCUGCAUGCGUUCGCUCAGAGAUGCGACGACGCUCAGCUGUGGGCAUACGGUCUGCUUCUCUUGCAUCGCAACGCCGACCAUGCACAAAGAUGCAGAGCCGGGCGAGCACAGAAUGCGUCGCACCGUCUCUCAUCAGGACACCCCGACUCGAUCGGAUUCGCCUCCGGACUCAGCCGAGCUGGGACGAUCACGAUCGGGCUCAUCGACUCGCAUCGGAUCAUGGCUUGGACUGGGCCCACGCAGCAAUUCGCAAUCUAGUACUCCAGGGAGCCAUCCGUUCGUCGAUAGCCCGUCUGGCCAGCCACGCAGACCGCCUGUGCUAGAGCCCAUCGCGCCUCGUCGAGGUCAAGAAGAAGUUGACUUUACCACGCCGGCUGCGAAAUCGCUAUGUCCGUACGAAGAUUGUCGGAAGAAAGCCUUGAAGAGCGAGACUGUAGAUAUGCCACGUAUCGAUGUCGUUCUCCAGAAGAUCAUCUCCAUCAUUCGACGAGCAGCGCCUUUGAUUUACGCUCAGGCACGGCACGAGAUGGACGCCGAUCUUUCGAGCAUCUCAGCUGGCGAAGAAGGUGGUGAUACUGUACAGCUCCCGUCAGGUCAGAUCGCGAGCCGGACUAGCGCAGAAGCUGGCGCUAGCUUGUCACGACAGCCGAGUGCAUCUGGCACGAUUCCGACACUGGCAUCCGAAUCGAGCUGUAGCAGCGCAGAACUGGCCUCUCCGUUGGGUGAGGAAGCAAAGAGGACGCAUAAGUCGCAGCAUAAAUCGCAAAAGAAGCGAAGGAACGCCGAACUGUCGGCCGUUGGACUGGAGCAAGAGCUCGAGGCUCUGCCGGAAACGCUAGGCGAAGAGAUUGCUUCGGAGCUAGAGUGUCAAGUCUGCUUCAACACCUACUAUGAGCCCAUCACGACGCAUUGCGGUCAUACGUUCUGUCGAGCUUGCUUGAUGCGAUCGCUCGAUCAUUCUGACAAGUGUCCCCUGUGCCGAUCCGAUUUCGUCGGUUUUGCGCAUUACAAGGAUCAUCCGAGCAAUGGUGCCAUUGAUGUCGUGCUGGAAAAGGUAUACACACAGCUGCACGCCACGCGAAUCUCCGACAUACAGCGAGAACAAGCGGAGGCUGCACAAGACGUACCGAUCUUUGUCUGCUCGCUCGCCUUUCCCAAUAUGCCGACCUUCUUGCACGUCUUUGAGCCUCGUUAUAGGCUCAUGAUGCGACGUGCCAUGGACGGCAACAAGCUUUUUGGCAUGGUCUUGCCAAGUCGUCAGCCCGGCGGGCUGUACGAGUACGGCACGAUGCUCGAGAUCAAGUCACUUCAGCUUCUGCAAGAUGGCAGAUCGAUGAUUGAGACAGUGGGAAUGUACAGAUUCAAGGUCUUGUCGAGAGGCACCCUGGACGGAUACACGAUCGGUAAAGUCGAACGUAUUGACGAUAUCACGGAAGAGCAAGAACGUGCACUGGAAGAGGCUGCGCUUGCACGCAGCAUCUCUGGCGCAUCAGCGCUAGCUUCGGAGAGCAAUAAUGUGCAUAUUCCUGCUCAACCGAAGGAGCAGACGACGGCCGAGCUAAUCGAAGUCUGUCGCGAUUUCAUCGAGGUCUUGCGCUCUGGAUCUGCUCCUUGGCUACUUCAGCGGCUGAAUAACACUUUCGGACCGAUGCCAGAGUCACCGGCUGACUUUUCAUUCUGGAUGGCGGCUGUCAUCCCGAUUGAUCAGUACGAAAAGGCGAAGCUUUUGCAAAUCACGAGUGCUCGUUUGCGUCUACGUUUGCUGGUCUUUUGGAUCAAUCAGAUGCGUACAUCUUGGUGGUGGAAUCGCGGAUGCACCGUCAUGUAA